GGAUGAUGUUCACGAUGGAGACAAACAUGUUUCUCAUGUUCACUGUCUAUUACAUGGUGAGAGAUAUCAUUUCCAUUCUUUUCAUCUGAGAGGAGCAUUUUAUUCAAACAAAGGAGGAUAAUUAAAUUACAAGAUCCUGUGGAUAUGACAUCCGUGAUUAAUCAGCUCUUCUUUGUGUGACACAGAUCUCCAGAUGGACUUUACAUUGAGAGAUUGCAAUUCCUUGAUUUAAAAAAGAUAUAAAAAUGGCUCCUGGAGGGAAAGAGGACAAAACAAUGCAAAAAGGAGGAUCCGAAUGUUUAAAACUGAGUUUUAUUUUUCUCUUGCUGAAUAUCAGCAGUUGUGUUGUUCCAGUCACAGGAUUUUAUCUGAAGUCUUGCCAUAUCAGUUACAACAACGCCAUAUGUACCAAGAGUAACCUCCACGCGGUUCCUUCAGAUAUUCCCUCAACGGUGCAAGGUUUUUACUUGGCUGAGAACAAAAUUUCAAUCCUAAAACCACCAAAUUUUAAAAAUCUUUCCAUUUUGACGCAGUUAGACCUGAAACGCAACUACAUUUCGCAAAUACACCGAGGCGCCUUUGUCGAUCUGAUUUCCCUCAAGAAAUUCAAUCUAAACAAUAACAGGCUUGUUGUACUUGGAGAUGAUCUUUUUCAGGGUUUGAGCAACCUCACAGAGCUCAGACUCAUACAUAAUCGCAUCAAGUCGGUGUCAUCCACCUCUUUUAAGUCCUUGACAAGCUUGACGUUUUUGGACAUCUCCAAAAACAAACUGUACCACUUGACAAAAGUUCACACUAUAUUACAGCAGCUGCCAAAUCUACGGGAGCUGUCAGUGGAAAAGAACGAUUUAACCACUUUUUAUUCGUGGGAACUGACAAACAGCUCGCUAAAACUCACUUCCCUUGAUUUGUCUCAAAAUCCUAUUGCCGUCUUCAGGAUCACCGCAGAUGUUUUUCCAAAUCUCACCUGGUUAAACAUCGGCCUCCAUUCUUCUAAAAAGACACAGAUGAAAUGGGACAUUCGUAACAAGACUUUUCUUAGUCGAGUGUCUACUCUUGAUAUUAGUGGGCUUAAAAUCGAUAAUGAUGCCAUGAAAACGUUACGAGAGAACUUCAACCCCUCACUGACUUCUCUGAGGAUGAAUGAAAUGAAACAUACACGCCUUACAGCACUCGUCAACGUUUCCUGUACCAUCCCAACAGUGUCCACAAUCCAACUCAGACGUAACAACCUACUCUAUAUUAAUGCGCAAUUCUUCCAGUUGUGUAUUAACAUAACAGAGAUAGAUUUAGCCAGCAAUAACAUACAGAAUAUCAGUGAAGAGGCCUUCAGAUCUCUGCGAGGGUUAAAGAUCUUGAGUCUGACUCAAAACAAACUUCCAUGUGUUCCAGCUGCCAUAAGGAAUCUACCAACUCUCCAAAAGCUGGAUCUCAGCAAGAAUAAGAUCAAAACACUCGAAUGCAACGAUUUCACCAACCUCACAAAUCUCAGACAGCUCAGCCUUCAUCAAAAUUCAAUCUCAGCUCUCAAGGAGUGCGUCUUCAAGGAUUUGAUACAAUUGCAAGUUUUAAAGCUGCAGAACAACAGCAUCUCCAAAUUAGAAGGUGCUUUUAAAAUAUACCUUCCAAAUUUAAAACAACUGCGUUUGAAUCUGAAUAAACUCCCCACCAUUAAACACGGAGAAUUUGCAGGCUUGCAGUCACUCCAGAACUUGUCAUUAAAUGAUAAUCAAAUCAAUAUACUUGAAAAUGGGUCUUUUCUCGGAUUAAGGAAUCUUACCGAUAUUCAGCUGAACGCGAAUAAAAUAGAUGAAAAGGGGCUACGCAAAGGUUUUUUCCAUGAUCUGAUCAAUUUAAAAACAUUGGAUUUGAGGGACAAUAAAAUUAAAUACUUUGAGAGUGUAGCUUUGCCUGAUCCACCAUUUUCUAAGCUGUCCCGUCUGCAGAAGUUGGUGUUUCUUGGAAAUAACCGUAGGGGGAAGUCCUUGCUGCCUUCCAACUUCCUUCAAGGUUUGACUAAUCUUUUGGAUUUCAAUGCCAGGAACACUCAACUUUUAUCCUUGCACAAAGACACAUUUACUUACACGCCUCAACUGCAAACACUUGACAUUAGCGCAAAUGACCUCAUGGAUCUCUCCCCGGAGUUGUUUUACCCAAUCCAAGGCCUUCUAAGCCUCUCCAUAUCUAGAACAAGCCUUCAAUCUCUAGAUUUCCUUAUAGAAGCCAACCUUACUAAACUGGAAUUCCUGCAGGCAAGAAGGAAUCAAUAUUCAGUAGUCAGUGAGAAAGUUAUAAAGUCCUUACCGGCUCUCGUUUACCUCGAUCUUCAAAGCAAUAGUUUCACCUGUGACUGCGAUAACGCCUGGUUCAAAAGUUGGACAGUUAUCGACAAGCAAACACAAGUUUAUGACGCCUACAACUUUGUGUGCAACUAUCCUUCAAACCUUAAAGGUAUGAAACUGUUGGACCUAGAUGUCCAGUCCUGCACAGUGGACAUAGACUUCAUCUACUUUAUCUGCACCACAUGCAUGAUCCUCCUGUUUAUGUUGGUGUCCUUCACCUACCAUUUCCUGUGGUGGCAGCUGGCCUACGCCUACUACCUCUUUCUGGCUUUGCUCUUUGACACAAAGUUUAAAAACAAGCAAGCUGCCAAUCAGUACGACGCCUUCGUCUCCUACAACACCCAUGAUGAGCCGUGGGUCAUCAGGGAGCUGUUGCCAAAACUGGAAGGGGAACAGGACUGGAGAUUGUGUCUGCACCAUCGAGACUUCGAGCCAGGUAAACCCAUCAUAGACAACAUCACAGAUGCUAUCUACGGAAGCAGGAAGACCAUCUGUGUGAUCAGUCGCAGAUACCUCGAGAGCGAGUGGUGCUCCAGAGAGAUCCAGGUGGCCAGCUUCCGUCUGUUCGACGAGCAGAAGGACGUGCUGAUCAUGGUGUUUCUGGAGGACAUCCCCAUCGCUCAGCUGUCUCCUUACUACCGCAUGAGGAAGCUGCUGAAGAGGCGGACCUACCUGAGCUGGCCUCGAGCCGAAGAGCACCCCGAGCUGUUCUGGGAGAAACUCCGCCAGGCUCUGAAGACC